AUGGCUUACCCAGGCCAAGGCGGACAUCACUAUCAGCAAAGCCAUGGCGGCGGCGGAGGAGGAGGCGGUGGCUUCCCUGCCCCACCUCAAGGCUAUGGUCAGCCAGGAUAUGGCUACGGUGCACCACCUCCCCCACAACAAAUGUACCAGACUGGCGGCGGCUACCUUCCACCUUCGCAUCCUCCUCCCGGUGGCGUCCAAGGUCAGAUGGGUUACGGCUACAACCAGCCUUCCGGUCCCAUCGGUCCACCGGAGUACGCCUCGAACCACGUCAACUUCCGUCCUCAUGGUGGUAUGAUGGGCAACGUCCGAUACGAGUAUUCCUCCAUGCAGGGUAAGCGGAAAGCUUUGCUCAUUGGCAUCAACUAUUUCGGACAGAAGGGCGAACUUCGAGGAUGCAUCAACGACGUUCACAAUGUCAACAACUUCUUGCGACAGCGCGGCUACAAGGAUGACGAUAUGGUCGUGCUCACCGAUGACCAGCGUGAUCCACGCAGCAUCCCGACGAGGCAAAACAUGACAGCAGCCAUGCACUGGCUCGUUCGAGGUGCCUCGGCGGGUGAUGCGCUCUUCUUCCAUUACUCUGGACACGGUGGCCAGGCUAAAUCUUCGCAAGGUGACGAAGCGGACGGCUACAACGAGACAGUGAUUCCGCUCGACUACCAACAAGCAGGGCAGAUGGAAGACGACGAACUUCACGCCAUUCUCGUUCGUCCUUUGCCAGUUGGUUGUCGUCUCACCGCCAUCUUCGACUCGUGCCAUUCUGGAACGGUUCUCGAUCUCCCCUAUGUCUACACCACCUCAGGUAACAUCAAAGAGACCAGCGUCAUGGCUGGUGUUGGAAAAGGUCUCAUGGGCGCCGCAAUGAAUUACGCUAGAGGUGACGUGAUGGGUAUGGCCAAAGGUUUGCUCUCCACCUUGACUACAGCUAAGAACACCAAUGGAGCCGAGGAUAUGACCAAGAAGACGCGUUCCAGCGGUGCAGAUGUAGUCAUGCUCUCCGGAUGCAAGGAUUCCCAGACGAGUGCAGAUGCUACCGAGGCAGGUAAAGCUACGGGUGCCUGUUCGUUUGCCUUCUUGACAGUGAUGAACCAGUAUCAGCAACUGACCUACAAGCAGAUGCUCAAUGCUGUACGUGAUGUACUGGCGAGCAAAUACAGCCAAAAGCCUCAAUUGAGCUCUUCCCAUCCCAUUGAUAUGGAUCUGCUCUUCGUUCUUUGA